AAUUCAUAAACAGGCCUCCACUCCCAAUAUUCCGGCAGAUGCAGAAUGGACACGGUGUAAUUUUCUCUGAUGGGGAACUUUGGAAAGCCACACGUCGAUACACCUUGGCGAGCUUGCGGGAUCUCGGGAUGGGCAAAAAACGGAUAGAAGGAAAGAUUCAGGAAGAGCUGCAGUUCCUGGUUGAGCUGAUCAAGUCUUUUAAAGAUGAAGCCUUUCCGCUGAAGACAUUAACUUUAGCUACAACAAACGUCGCCUAUGGCAUAGUGUUUGGAGACAGGUUUGACUAUGACGACGAGACUUUUCUCACUCUGUUAAAACACGUUGAUGACGUGGUGGUCCUCCUGGGAGAACCACAGCUGCAGGUAUAUAAUGUCUACCCGUUCCUUGGAUUCCUUUUAAAACCCCACAAGAUGAUCUUGGACACAAUGGAAAAGACCCGUGUCAUUCUGAGGGAAUACCUUGCAGCGGGCAAGAAGAGUAUCAAUGAGAACCUCUUACAAAACUACUACGACUAUAUGCUAACCAAGCAACAGUCAGAGGAAAGGAGCAAAGACAGGAACUUGUUCCAUGACACCAACAUUGUGGCAGCUGUCUUUGACCUGGUCCUAGCUGGGACAGAGACCACAGGCACCACACUGCAGUGGGCUAUCCUGCUGAUGAUGAAAUACCCCGACAUUCAACGGCAGGCACGAGAGGAAAUCGAAAGGGUCAUUGGGCUGGAACGCCUGCCCACCUGUGAAGACAGGAAGCAGCUGCCCUUCAACAACGCCAUAGUCCACGAGGUGCAGAGGUUUGCCAGCAUCCUCCAGCAGUUUCCCCGCUGCACCGCUGUGGACACUUGCUUCCGCGGCUACUUCAUUCCCAAGGGCACACCCGUGAUCCCCUCUCUCACCUCCGUGCUGUAUGACAAGACCCAGUGGGAAACCCCCACCCAGUUUAACCCCAACCACUUUCUGGAUGCCGAGGGGAACUUUGUGAAGAAGGACGCCUUCCUGCCCUUUACUAUAGGCCGUAGGAAUUGUCCCGGAGAAAGCCUGGCCUUGAUGGAGAUCUUCUUGUUCUUUGUUGGGUUGCUCCAAAGGUUUACGUUUUGUCCUCCUCCUGGAAAGACCGUUUCAGAUUUGGACCUCACCCCCGAAGUCACCUUCACACUGAGGCCCCAAGCUUACUCUACCUGUGCUGUGCACUAAAAGGAGAACAGCUUGUCCCAGUGGAAGUGUUCUUUUGUCUCAUUUGCCCAGGUGAAUGUUCAGAUUACAAUAUGCACAUCUGCUAGUUAGUGCAUGAAGAUGCUAAGGACUACAGAGUUAUAUUGCUAGAUAGAGAGGGAGGAAGUGAAGCCUUUCUACUUCCUUUCUCUGUGUAUGUGUGUGUACCAUGUAACGAGACAGACAGGUGUGAGUGCUCCCAAGCUUACAGCACAUGCUUGGAAUUAUAUUCUGUACAUUCUGUCCAAGAGUGUUCUGCUAUACUUUCCCUCGCAGCUGCAUGGAACAACACAUGUAUCAGGCCUAUGAAUAUGUAAGUAAAACAUUCUAAACUUGCUUUUUUAAAAAAAAUAUCUUUAUCGAAAGUUCAAAAAGUACAUAAUUAUAUGUGCACUAAACACACUGAGACGUAAAUAAAAGAGAGAGAAAGAGAAACAGAACCCGUGUAGAAGGGGAAAUGAGGGGGGGAGGGGAAACCCAAAACUGUGUACUUUAUAAGGUUGUUAAUGUACUUCACCAGAUCUUAACCUAUUAUAAUAUUUGUAAGAAUGGAUUCUAAAUAUCAUUGAAUUUCUCCAUAGCGAGUCUGCAUUUAUAUGCAAGUUGUUCAUAUGUUGAGAGUUUGUAUAAGUCUUCAAUCCAAUUGUAGAAGGGAGCUGCAUUUUCAUUUUUCCAGUUCAUCAGGAUCAGUCUUUUUGUUGUGGUCAGGGCACGGAGAGACCACUCAUAUUGUCCUUUUGUAAGGUUCCAUGUGCUAGGUAUAUCAUUCAAGAGGAUAUUUUGCUCUGUAAAUGUAAGGUUGUUUCGUACAGUUCUGUUGAUAGUUUUAGUUACCUUCUGCUUGGAAUUAUAUUCUGUACUUUAUAUCCAAUAGUGUUCUGCUUGUGCUUUUCCUUGCCGCUGCAUGAAACAACACAUGUAUCAGGCAUAUGAAUAUGUAAGUAAAGCAUUCUAAAAGUG